AUGGAUGCUGAAUUUAAUAAACAAUUAGAUGAACUAGAGAAAGAAGAUGAUCAAAAAUUAGCAUCAUUUGAAUAUUGUCAAGAUAAGAAACAUGCAUGGUGUAAAUAUACAGAGUAUAUGAAACUAUUCUACUUUAAUUAUUUAGAAAGUCCACUUGUGUUUGAACCAGAUGGAUCAGGUAAAUUCAGAAAUUCAAUGGAUGAGCAACUGUCAGAGUGUUUCGAUUGGUAUGCAUUAUCAUCAAUUGUAGAAGAUUUUCAAUUGAAAUUUCAAAAUGGAUCAAAAGUACCUGGAUUAUAUAUAAUGUUGUUGUCAAACUAUGCUAAUCUGAGAGAAUGGGCAUUGGAGUCGUUGGACAGUGUCGGAAAGAUUGCUGGUAUGGAUCAGAUGGGUAUCAUACAACCGAUAUUAGAGAGAAUCACACUACGCAUUGAAAGCUACCUGCUUGGCAAAUCCUAUCAAACAUACUUUACAGAGGAUCCAAUCGAAUUUUGGAUCGGUUUAGAAUUAUUAAUAAGACAAUUCGAUUCAAAUAUAUUUAAGUUUGGAAUUGUUGAAUAUAGAAAGAAUUUCGUUGAUAUUAUGUUAAAUGUUUUAAAGAUACAGGCGAAACCAUCGAUUUCACAGAAUUAUCUAAAGUGUUUGUCGGCGGUGAUCGAUGCAUUACAAUACGAUUUCUGGAACUAUACCAAUUGGAAACCGAUUCUACUGAUACAGGAUCUCUGUGAAUUAAUUAUGAAUUCGAAAAUUGAAAAAGUACAACAAGAGGCAUUGUUAUUGAUGGGAAAGAUAUCUAAACACGAUAACAAUACAACAGAUUCUUCACUCAGACAAUUUGUAAUUGAAUUCUGUUUCAAUCGAUGUGCAUAUCCAUCUACACACUUCUCGUCGGUAACCAAAAACAAAGCAUUCCUAUUGGUAUUGAGAAUAAUGAUGUAUUGUUUUGAAGCAGGACUGCCUAUUCCCAGUCUUGAGGGUUGGGGUGAGAGACUGGUUUACAACUCGUUGUCCGAAGACCUACAAUACGAGUACGGCGCAGAAGUAGAGUUUGGAUUCGAACCAACACAAGAGCAGAUCGACGAAACUCUAUUCAGCUCAAUCAUUGCAAAUCAUGUGCGUUGGAUCGACAUGUUUUUAAUAUGGGGACAAACUCAAAUCGAUUCGGAAUGGUUUGAUGCUUUCUCCAUGAUAUUAAGAGAGAUAAUAAAGAAUAAAUUGAAAAUUGCAACUCCUUUGAUGAAGUACUGUCAGUCGGUUAUCGAUACGAAUACUCCAACUUUGACGGAUACCCAGAUGGCAUCGUUGAAGAAAUAUUACUAUAUGUUGGUGCCACCUACGGAUAAGCAACAACAGCAAUUGUUGAAUGCAUCGAAACCGUCACCGGCACUUUCAAUGGUGCCUCUCAGCACUCAGUCUUCCUAUAGCACCAUUCAGAAGGAGGACUGUCCACUCGGUCUCAAUUGUACAAAGAUAAGAAAUCCCGAUCAUAUUCUCCGAUAUCGUCACGUUCAACUUGAGAAAGGAUACAGUGGUCCCACUCCAAAUCUGCCGUCAAAGAGCAUGAUGGUAGGUGGAUCUUUUAGCAUGGGUAGACCAUCGGCCGCACAGGGAGCAAGCGCAAUUGACUUCAAUACUCCAUUCGACCCAUUCGACCAACCACUUGCCAAACCAAUUCCAGCGGCCGACAAGAAAAAGACUAAACUCUUGGACAACUUUGGUAGCUCCAACUCUUCCUUCCACCAAAGAAGAGAGAAAGCACGAAUUGCACAAAUGGAAGCACAUCUACCAAAAGUUGAAGAUCUACACAAAAUCAUUUUAUCGUGGAAUGUUGAAAUGUUAAAUCAAGUUGACGCCAAUCUAAAAGUUUUACCAACUUCAUUUGAAAAUCUAUCGGAAUAUAUCCAGAUUUUCCAACCAUUGUUACUCCAAGAGUUUAAAGGUCAAUUGUUAAAGGCGGUGGAAGAACUUGAACCAAGUGGUACACAAUAUGUUUUGGAUGAUGUGGCGAGAGAAGGUGAAUUCCAUGUCGUUCUAUUUUUCUUGGAUGGUGACGAAGAGUUUUCACUUGAGGAUUUGGUUUUGCUGCAAAAAGAGAUUCUCGGUGUCAAGUUUGAAGUGUUUGGUAAGAUUGAGAAUAAAGGCAAAAAAGAAAGAAAAGAUAAGAACUCGGCUCGUUGUGCCUACAUUAGUGUUAAGUUCCAUCAGUUGGAGAAGAUCGGUCUUUUGAAACACAUGAAGAUCAAAACACAAUGGAACAUUCAGAAACUCACGAGUCUUUCCACCGUCAACAGAGAGUAUCUAGCUUUACACCUGGUUGGUAAAAUCCCAUUGGGUAGCUAUAUUAUCUCACCGGCGCUGGCCAUCACCAACCAAGAACGUACUAACAAUGUCGUCAUCCCACCGGCACUGCACAACAAGCUGCUAAGUGAGCUGAACUCCUCACAGAUGGAGGCGAUCUAUCAUUCGCUGAUUCCACAUGGAUUCACCUUACUUCAAGGACCUCCUGGUACUGGUAAGACAAAGACCAUCAUGGCCCUUCUUUCGGUGUUGCUCAGUACGCCACUGGACUCAAAGAUCAACUCGACGGCGCCACCAAAGAUCCUGGUAUGUGCUCCCUCCAACGCAGCAGUCGAUGAAAUUGCAUCGAGAAUUAUCGAUGGUGAUAUGUUUGACAAAGAUGGUAACUCAUAUGUACCAAGUGCCAUUAGAAUUGGACAACCAAGUGCAAUCUCUAGAAAAGUUCAACAGAUUUCACUUGAAUAUCUUUUGGAAAAGAAUUCAAAUGAUCCAUCGACUUCAUUAAAUUUUGAACAAUCCAAGAUUAUAUCUGUUAGAGAAAAACUUGCAGAAAUAAAUAGUUCACUGGAAAGUGUUAAACAAAAAAUCUCUACUUUACAAAGAUCGCUUGGAACAUCACUUGGAACGGCCACUGACUCUACAAGAGAUCUUACCACUCUUUAUCAUGAAAAGGAUAGACUCUUUAAGGAAAUUCAAGCUACCAAAGAUAGUGAAAAAAAAGUAUCUGAUGUUUUGGAGUCGGCAAGAAAGAAUAUGGCUCACUCUUUGCUCAACAAAUGCAAUAUCAUCCUCUCAACUCUCUCGGGUAGUGGUCACCAAGAAACGUUUUCCGCCAUCAAAAAGUUUGAUGUUGUUAUCAUUGACGAAGCUGCACAGGCAGUGGAACCAUCGACACUCAUUCCUCUCAAGCACAACGUAAUGAAGUGUAUCUUGGUAGGUGAUCCCAAUCAGCUGCCACCCACCAUUAUUUCGAGAAUGGCAUCGCAAUACCAAUACGAGACAAGUCUUUUCCAGCGACUCUCUAGCUGUGGUAUACCACAACAGGUCCUUAAAGUUCAGUAUCGUAUGCAUCCUAGCAUCUCAAGGUUCCCUUCACGUCAUUUCUAUAUGAAUGUUCUCGAGGAUGGUCCCAAUGUGAAAAACUAUACUGAGGAAUUCUAUAAAGAUCCUAGAUUUGGACCAUUCAUUUUCUACGAUAUCUACGACAGUAACGAAGAAUCUGGACCUGGUCAUUCGCUCAAGAACGUCACCGAAGCCAAGCUGGUCGCUCUCCUCAUUACAAAUCUUGAAAACUCAUUCCCAAAUAUCAAGAAAUCUAUUGGUGUCAUCACUCCUUACAAGCAACAGGUACACGAAAUAAAGAGGCGUAUCAGUCCUGUCAAUCAAGAUAUAGAUGUAAGCUCAGUCGAUGGUUUCCAAGGUCGUGAGAAGGAUAUCAUUAUAUUCUCGUGUGUGAGAGCUCAUAGAGGUGGAACCAUUGGUUUCCUUUCUGAUGUGCGUAGAAUGAAUGUAGGUCUAACAAGAGCACGUUCCUCUCUAAUUGUCAUCGGUAAUUCCAACCUAUUGAAACUCAAUCCAGAUUGGGAAGCAUUGGUAAUGCAUUCAAUAAAUGUACUGAAUGGAUAUUUCCCGAUAUCUUCAAAGCACAUCGAAUCAAAUUUCUUACCUAUGAAACCAGCAUCAAACAAUGUUAAUUUCACCAAUCCAAAUCAAGCAAAACCAAUUCUCAAAGUAAAGAUAAAAGAAAUGGAGGAGUUGACCAAGAAUGACCGACCAAAAGAGAACGCAAAUCGAAAUGGAAAUGGAAAUGGAGAUGUCAAAGCAGAGAAAAAGAUUACAUUGGAGAGUCAACAUUUUGAGAAAUAUAAAAACCCAGACGAAAAUGAAAUAGAUAAGGAUAAAGAAAAAGAUAAAGAUAAGAAGAGAAAGCAUGAGAUCGAUGAAACAAUUGCUGUAAAGAAGGAAAAGAUUUAA